ACUUCACACUUCCAUUCCCACUCACAUCUCACAUCAUUGCAUGACUCGAGCCUUCCAAAGCUUCGUCUAGGAUGGACUAUAAGGAGAACGUCGCGUCGGGCUCUUUACCGCAGGCAUCGACGUUCAUUAAGCCAGAACCUUCUGAGCACAAGAUUAGCCCAUUGUCGCCGUCAAACUCUCAUGAUUCAAUCAAAGACGCGUCAACAAAAGUUAAACCGGAGCCAAGCGACGCUGCACGCGUUUUUCUCGAGAGGGGUCUUCCUGUACCCUCAUAUAUUGCAGCCGAUUUGAAGGAUGCGUCGUCUGCUGAAACCCGCGUGAAGAAUGAGAACGGACAUGCGGCCCCUAUUGCUCAGAACGAGGGGAACGUCCCCGCCCCAUUACCGGCACCGUCGACGUACAAAGUAUUCGAAACUGCCGAUGAGAUUCCUUACACUCCUGAGGAUGCUCUGAGCGAAGGUACGAAGAUGGUGAAGGCCAUGGAAGCCGAGAUUAAGAAGAUCAACCUCGGGAGCAAGUUGCGCAAAGACGUGUGGCUUAGGGAAAUUGAGAGCCUCAAAAGUCAAGGCUCCCCUACUACCAUGAUUGCCAUCUGCGGAGCUACUGGUGCUGGCAAAUCGUCGAUUCUGAACGCCAUCCUUGACGAUAAUAUCGUCCCGACGAGUGGAAUGAGAGCAUGCACGGCCGUCGUCACCGAGAUCGGUUACCAUGCGAAGAAGACCAUUGAUGCGGACGUGUCCUUUUUGUCUGAAGCCGAGUGGAAAGAAGAGCUUGCAGUAUUGCUAGAGGAUCUAGUAGACGAAGAUGGCAAUCUGAAGAGAACUACCGAUCUCAAGAGCGACUCUGGUGUUGCCUGGCAUAAGGUCCAUGCGGUGUAUCCGUCUAUUUCUCAAGAGCAGCUUGUUCAAAUGAGUGUCGAUCAGAUUAUUGCACGUGAUCCGAAAAUUGCUAGGAUAUUGGGUACCACCAAGAACAUCGUAGCAAAGGAUUCCAAGGCUUUCGCGCAGGAAAUAUCGAGAUACAUUGACUCCAAAGAUCAGAAGCGGGGUGACAAGAAGAAGAAUAAGGAUAAGCCGAAAGAGAAGGAGAAGGACAAAGUUCCAAGCUUCAUGGACAUGCUCAAGGACGCUCGCGGGACAAAGGAGAAGGCAAAAGAAAAGGACCCGGCGGACGAGGCAGCAUUUUGGCCCCUUAUCCGACAAGUCCGGGUGCGCUGUAAUGCUGCAGCUCUUUCGACGGGCGCCGUCCUCGUCGAUCUGCCGGGAGUCGCUGACGCGAAUGCGGCAAGAAAUAACAUUGCGAAGGACUACAUGAAGAAGUGUGAUUGCGUCUGGAUUCUGGCGCCGAUCACUCGAGCCGUUGAUGAUAAGACCGCGCGAGACUUACUUGGCGACGCUUUCAAGACACAGUUGAUGAACGGAAACUAUGACGCUAACUCUAUCACUUUUGUCGCUACGAAGUGCGACGACAUCUCUUGCUCGGAGGUUAUCCGAGCUCUCAACCUGGACGAUGAGCCUGAACUCGUUGAAAUCGAGGGACGGAUCGAACAAUGCAACGAUGACAUGGAAGAAUGGAAAGAGAAGAAAUCAGAAGCCGACCAGGUUGUCAAAGGAGUCGAGAAGCAGCUGCAAGAGAUCCGCGCUUACCGCGAAGAAUACAAAGAACAUAUGGCGGCCUUAGAGAACAACAAACCUUUUACUCCCCGUCUGACGGGAAAAGCCGCCCAAAAGGCUCAGAAGGCGGGGAAGAAGAGGAAGAACGCUCGAGGUGGCAAGGGUGGCUCCCCGAAACGCCGUAAGAGCGAGGCAUACGAUGACGACGACUUCGAUGACGAUUUCGAUGAUUCCGACGUCGACAUGGACGGGAACAGUAGCGAGGCCGAUAAAUCCACCGACGAGGAAUCUGAUGGGGAUACUGACGCUGAAAACGGGUCCGAGUCCGGUAGCGACAGCGAGGAACAAGAGGAAGUCACGAUCGAGAGCCUGCAGACCAAGAUCAAGGAGGCAGACGAUGCCAUCAAGGUUGGGCGGCAGCAGCUGAGCGAGGCACGGAAGGAAAGGAAGGAAGCGAACGACAUGUUGGCAACGCUGAAGAAGAAGCAGGCGGAAGCGCAGAAGGAGAAGAAUGCUUUCUGUUCAUUGAAACGGUCUGAGUUUUCUCGCGAUGUCUUGAAGGAAGAUUUCCGCACUGGUCUCAAGGACCUCGAUGAUGCCGAAGCCGAGAGGCGGGACCCAGAUUCAUUUGAUCCUAGCGUGAACAUACGCAACUACGACGAGAUUGACCUGCCUGUUUUCACCGUAUCAUCUCGAGACUACGUCAGAUUGACGAACCAAGUGAAGGGAGACGGAGAUCCCAGCUGCUUCUCGAAUAUGGAGCACACAGGAGUCCCUGCUCUGCAGCAGUGGUGUCACACCUUGACGGUCAGUUCGCGGGAGCGAGCUGCUCGUAAUUUCUUGAUGCACCUCAAAACCUUCGCGAAUUCUGUUCGCACUUAUAUGGAAGGUAUUGGUGAGGUUACGGAGAUUGAUAGGGCAACCCUGCGGGAGAAGUGGGAGUCAACUCCUCAAGACGAUGGCGCUGGCGACUUCGCGAAUGCGGGUUUUGACUUGGCUGACCUGGGAGAACUGGGCGCCCUCUAUUCCAUGAACGGAAAGCCCGCGAAGAAAGUAGAUGCUUACGGCGAGCCGACGGGUGUCACUCCUCGCCUUAUUAAGGAUUUCGCGGGAAUCAUCAAUAAGACGAUCGAAGACGUCCAGGCGCGCUUCAAGGAUGGACUCGAGGAGAAGUGCCAGGCCGGCGCAGAGAUGGCUGCUUCUUCCGCCCUUACUACAUCGGACACUUUCGCAUCUUCUGUGCAUUGGGCUACGUAUCGAGCAACCCUUCGCCGCCAUGGAUCAUUUAGACAAGACCUAAAUGUCGAGCUAAUCAAUCCCAUGACUCGUAACAUUGCAAGUUCUUGGAGCAAGGUCUUCGAGGCUGACCUUUUCGCGGCCUUCGAAGCGAAUACAAAGGCGGCGAUCAAAAGGCUGGUUGAGGAAGUCGAAGAGUCCGCGGCUCCGGCUCUGAAGGAUCGCGUAAGGAAUCAAGCCGAGCUGAGCCUGGAAGAGGCCAGCGUCACUCUCAAUAAGACGCUAGAGACGGUCCGAGAAGCAAUGAACAAUCAGCAGAAGGAAGUGUCCAGGUGCUUAGCGCCGCAUGUGCAGAAUCAACUGAUCGAGGGAUACGACCGCGCCAUGCUGGAAAGGGGCAAGGGAAGUGUUGCCCGGCAGAAGACUGUAUUCCAUGAUUUCAUCGAUGAUGUGAAAGACGAGGUCUUCACCGGAGGCGCAGAUGUGAUUAUGAACCGUCUCGCCCAAGCAGCUGAAGCUGUUGGGGAGGCGCUCGAAGAAGGUUUGGCAGCCCUGGCGGAGAAGGUGGAAGUCAGCUUGGCCGUCCUCUGGGAAGGUCAGCGCGAUGACCCAGCUGCCAUCCGAGCGCGCCUCGAGCUGGUGCGGAAGAUGUCGGACAUUACUGCCCAGGUUCAACUGUGGCUGGAUGCCGAGCGGAUCCACCGAUUGUCAUCUGCUACCUAGUGGACGUCCUUCACCACUUUCCUGGAUACCACCUCUCCGAAUCGCGACACACUGGCCGUGGGUAUCGUACUACGUUCACGCGGAGAGAUUGCAUAUUCUUCCCGCUAUUGGUAUAUCAUAAGAUGUGGCCUUUUAUGUUUUCAUUGGCCCUGUAAUCUUAUCACGAGGUUUCUCUUUGCUGUACGAGAAGUGUAUUCACUCUUAUAUUCGCUUUAUGAUUUGCUUUCGUCUAAUUGCUGCUGUACGCAUAGAAUGACAUUAGAGCCUCUUUCGCUG